AAUGAGAACGAGGCCAUUAAGUUGUUUUAAGAAAGUUAAGCGAAGUUAAGAUAAAUAAAGCAUUAAGUUACAAAGCUAAGCGUAACACAACGCGAGGAAAUAACCAUUAAGACUAUCCGAACAUUUGGUGCCAGUGAACACGGAUGAAGCAAUGCCGGGAAAAAGACAGAGAAGUAAGAAGACCGGAGGUGAAGAAAUGAACAAUACCAGCAACACUUCUGUAAACCCUGAGGAAUCAAUGAUGGAAGCCAGUGUGCCUCAUAGUUUGUAUAGGCGAAAGCAAAAGUUAGUGACGCAGAUACGUAACGACGAGUGUGAAUUACAUGCUAUGCUCAUAGAGGGAAACGCAUCAAUCUCAGUCAUACAAGCACUGAUUGCCAAGCUGGGAGAGCUAACGACACAGUUGUUGGACAUAGUAGAAACUAUGCAAGAUGAAGAUAACUCAGAAGACGGCUCAUCUGUGCGAUCAGGACCUCUGUGGAAGAAUUAUGAAGCUCUAGAGAAUGACAUCGCUGAUUCGGUCUCGCUAGCAAAUAAAUACAUUCGCCAAAAGAUAUCAGAGAACACAGAUCGUUCAGAUUCGCACAGCUCCAGUGGUUCAGUGAAAGAAGUUGAGAAAGUAGAAGCGUGCACGAUUCCUGGUUUGAAAAAGCCUGAGCUGCCAGUCUUCAGUGGGGAUCAGAUGCAGUUUAGUGACUGGUCGGAGAUGUUUAAUGCAUUCGUCGACAGCGAGAAAAUACCGGCUAAGUUCAAGAUGAUUUACAUGAAAAACUAUCUCGCGGGAGAGCCUCUGAGAAUUGUAGAAAGGUACAGACCCACAGAAACGGGAUAUGCAAAGGCGAAAGAAGAGUUAGACAAGAAAUACGGUGGAAAAAUGUUCAAAAUCCGAAACGAGCUUGAUUCAAUAAGACGCACGCGGCCGAUUCAAGUGGAUGAAACCAAGCGGCUAGAAGAAUUCUCUGACAGAGUGACAAGUUUAGUGACAAACUUAAAGGAAAGUGGAUGCGUGUCAGAUCUCACAAACACGUCUGCAUACUACUUACUUGUUGUAGAGAAGCUCCAUCAUUUCUACGUGAAGAACUACAACAGAUGGCUAAGCACUGAGCACAGAGAAGACAACUUCGAGUCAUUCGCCGAGUGGCUGACAGAUGAAGCGCUAUUCGAGAAAAGAGCAAAGCAAAUGACACAAACCACGAGCAGCAUGCCAAACACUCGACAUCAGCAAAGGAAGACAUUCCGAGUGAAGACCCAGAAUCAACAUCAGCCAGCAGUGCGGCAGUCCUUCAGUCCGCCGUCAGAUACAAACUGCAUGGUUUGUCAAGCUGAUCACGCCUUGGAGAGCUGUGCUGUUUUUCAGAGCUGGACAGUGGGCAAAAGAUACGAGUUCUGUAAGCAGACAAGAAUCUGUUUUAGAUGUCUCGCCGGACAACAUCGUGGAAUAAGAUGCCACCGGUUUCCUGGAUGUCAGUUAGAGGGGUGUGGAGGAAGCCACCACACCUUACUGCAUGCCAGUCUGCGACAAGAUAAGCAACUGGAACAGAGAGGACGGCUGAAAGAGCAGCACCGACAGACGGAGAACACAAGUCAGAACCGUCAGACUACGAGCCAUCUACCACAGCAAGGUCAACUAGAACAGAGCGGACAGUUGAGCUGGUCACAAUACCGCCAAGAAGGAGCUCACAGCAGUGGAUGUCAGCCAUCGCGCAACACGCCAAACACCACCAGCAGUAGCAGUAGCGGGAACACACAAAGCUCCGGAAUAAGCUACAAUACGGCAGCCUCCAGAUCACCACCAGGAAAAGGAGCGACCGCAUUCACCCCACCAGGAGCUCCCCACUUCAACGGCGCGUGCGAGGCAAUGAUCAAGUGCGCCAAGCGGGCUCUGAAAAGAACACUCGAGAGGGCCGAUCUUACCGAUGAGGAGCUUCAAACUGCCUUCUGCCGAGACGAGGCACUGCUGAACACCAGACCAAUCACAGUCGUCUCAGCUGACGCCAACGAUGAGAAGCCACUGACGCCAGCAGACUUCAUCUUGGGGACGGCUAGCAUCGAGACCUCACCGGCAUCACAGGAUGACGCUACAACUCUUCGGCAGCGCUGGAAACGGCUCCAGCAACUAUCCAUAGAGUUUUGGAAGCGUUGGCUUCGAGAAUAUGUACCAGCUCUCCAGGCGAAGUCAAAGUGGUUGAAGCCUCAGACCGACUUGAAAUCAGGCGAUUUGGUCCUGGUGAUCGACGCAAAUACCCCGAGGAGUCAGUGGCCACUGGGGCGAAUCGAGGAAGUGUUACCGGGGAAAGAUGGCCACGUGCGUGUGGCUACAGUGAAACUGCACAAUAAGGUCGUGACGAGACCAGUCGUGAAGCUGAUUCACAUCGAUGUGCUCCAGUGAAGUAGUAGCCAGUAGUCAAAGUAGUGGAAAUGUGAAAGUGAUACCUCUAUGUAGAAUUGGUUGAAUUCGUGUCAAUUCAAAGUCGAGGGGGGUGUUACAGAGGUUCUUUUAUCACACAUGUCGCGUGCACAUAUGUUUUGUGAUGAUUAUCGUAUUGAGGUCG